UACACGCUUCACACCCACUCUCAUUGAACGAAAGAAGCAGCAACUCUGUAAAUAGCCUACAGAUGUUCAGCGAUUAGAAGCAAUGACUGGGGAGGCUCCGGAGACGUUUAGCGCGGCACCGUAAAGCUGGCAUUAUCGAGAACCUCUGGCACAAGGAAGACUCCGCAAUCCCCGUAAUACUGGAAAGGGCUUGGAUUGGUUUAUGCAGAGUGGGGAAAGUCUGAAGAUAUUUUCCAUUGCCUUUUUCUUUAAAAGUGUUAAGGGGAAAUGGCAGAAAACCAAAUCUGAUAAAAAAAACUGAAAGGCCUGUUUAGUUAAAAAAUGGUUCUGUUCUUUCAGUUAGACUGCUGAUCUAAGAUUUUUUUUCUGUGAUUUAAGGAUCUGGAUGAACUGCAAUCAGAUAGCUAGAACAUUAUUCCAGAAAGGCUUACCCAAGUUUUGAAAAAAAAAUUGGCAUUUGUUCAGACUGCUGAAAACUGGAUGGCUGUGAAGGUGUUAAAUGUGACAGUUUUUAAGGGGUGUCGGCAGAGCAGAUGUUGACGGGACCUGGUCUGGGGCUGUCCAAGGCGUUUCUUUUUAAAGAGGUGAGACCCGGCACUCCGAGUUCUAUGAAAAGGGUUCCAAAACACUUGGCUGCAAGAUGUUACAUACAACUCGGGCCAGUGAUUCCGGGGCCCUCCAUCAGAUCUGUCUACAAGUUGUAGCAUUAUAGAUUUGACUUUUUUUUUGCUCGCAUCUGCAUCAAUAGCUAGUGCCUGCUUGUACGGCCGAGGAAUAUCCUGGAAGUUCCCCUCCGAGUGUGCUCCGAGUUACUGCAGUAGUUGCUUUCAGGAGCCAUCACCCGCAGGUUACUAUGCAAUUUCAACUGAUUUCUGUGGUUCUAAUUUUAUUAAACUGUAUGGAAUACAUUGGCAGCCAAAACGCCUCCAGAGGAAGGCGCCACAGACGAACGAGUACAGGUGUGAGCCAAAGUUGCCCGAAAGGGUGCAAUCGAUGUUCUGAUUUUAAUGGAUGUCUGUCAUGUAAACCCAGACUUUUCUUCUUUCUGGAGAGAAAUGGGAUGAAGCAGACUGGAGUUUGUCUCUCUUCUUGUCCAAGUGGAUAUUAUGGAGUCCGAACACCAGAAAUGAACACAUGUGCACAAUGUACAGCUGACAACUGUGAUACCUGCUUCAACAAAAAUUUCUGCACAAAAUGCAAACCAGCAUUCUACUUGCAUAAAGGAAGAUGUUUUGAUAUCUGCCCUGAAGGGUUUGCCCCAAAUAAUCAGACAAUGGAAUGCACUACUACUGUGCAUUGUGAAGUAAGCGAGUGGAAUGCAUGGGGUCCCUGUACAAAGCGAGGGAAGACAUGUGGUUUCUGGAAAGGCAGUGAGACAAGGAGCCGGGACAUUCUGCAGGAACCUUCAGCACAUGGCAACUCUUGUCCAAAGACCACCGAGAGAAGGAAAUGUACUGUGCAAAAAAAGCGUUGUCCACCAGGACAAAAAGGAAGUAAGGGUAAAGAGCAAAAGAAACCAGGGAAAGAAAUGACACAAGACAAACAAGGCAAAGGUAACAAAAGAGGCAAAGAAAAUAAAAACAACAAAGAAAGACGAGUAAGGAAAGAAAGACCUGAAAACAAAAAAAGGAGAGGACCGAAUAAGAAACAGAUCCCCACAACCGUGAGCACUGUUCAAUAAAACCUCACCUGGUUGCUGAGAUUUCUGAUGCUGCUAUGUAUUAACAAGCUAACCUAUAGAGGUGCACUGUAUAAUGGAUCCAGCGCUGGACUCCUAUUUCUAAUCCAUAUACCUGAUCUUCAUGGACAUUGCUAAUCAUUUCAAGGACUACAGUUGAAGCUGAAAGUGUAGAUGUACCUAAGUUUAUACAAUGUUAUGCAUAAUUAACCUCUGCCCUGCCAAAUAAAUUAGAACUCCAGAUGAUUAGCACAACAAAUAUCAUGACUAGCCCUUUAAGGGUUAAAAAAACAGCCAAUUAUGCUGAGAAAAACUAUUACAUUUUAAAGAGAUAUCUUUAGCUUCUGCGCCGGAGAUUCCUCAUCAAAUGUGAUAUGCAGAUGUGCAUGUACUGGUUUCUGUAUAAAAUGACAACAGGAUACUUUUUUUCUUUUAAUUAUUAACAGAUUGCUGCCUUGUAAUAUAGAGGAAUGUAAUAAAUGUCAUUUGAAGCCCAGAGAACCAACUGUUACUUUUCUUUUAAAGUAUGUUUUUAAGUUUCUGUUUAUGACCUCUGUA